CCUGCUCCCCCACCUCGGUGCGCAUGCGCAGCGCGGCCCCGCCCAGCGGCCCCGCCCCCCCCGCGUUGGCCGCGGGGACGCGGUGCGGCGCGGUUGCUCUCGCUGGGCUCGGCAGGGUUUCAUAUGAUGAGGCUUUUAUUAUGGCCAGUGACCCCUUGGAAGGCUUUCAUGAAGUGAACCUUGCUUCGCCUACUACACCAGAUCUUCUUGGAGUAAACGAGCCAGGGACUCAGGAGCAAACUACCUCACCCAGUGUAAUCUACCGACCACAUCCUUCUGUUGUGUCCUCUGCACCUAUCCAACCCAAUGCAUUAAGUGUUUCAGACCUUCCCACGCAACCUGUUUAUUCAUCUCCCAGACAACUGAAUUGUGGAGAAGCAUCGGGUGUCAGCAUCAAUGUUGGCGACACAGUACUUUGUUCUACCUCUGGACCCCAGAGUGGGUCAUUCAAUCACAAUAAUUCCAGAAAGGAGAGCAAUAAUGCAGAGAGAGAGUUUUUGCAGGGUGCUACAGUAGCAGAUGUUGCUGAAGGAAAUGAAGAUAUUUUUGGGUCGAGUACAGACAGUUUAUCUCACUUACGGAGCCCAUCUGUACUGGAAGUAAGAGAAAAAGGCUAUGAAAGAUUGAAAGAAGAACUUGCAAAAGCUCAGAGGGAGCUGGAGUUAAAAGAUGAAGAAUGUGAAAGGCUUUCUAAAGUGCGAGAUCAACUUGGACAGGAAUUGGAAGAACUUACAGCUAGUCUGUUUGAGGAAGCACACAAAAUGGUUAAAGAAGCUAACGUCAAACAAGCUACAGCAGAAAAACAGUUAAAGGAAGCACAGGGAAAGAUUGAUGUUCUCCAGGCUGAAGUAGCAGCAUUGAAAACACUAGUACUGUCUACUUCACCGACAUCUCCAACAAAGGAGUUUCAGUCUACUGGAAAAACUCCUUUUAAGAAAGGCCAUGCAAGAAACAAGAGUACAAGCAGUGCUAUGGGUGGCAGUCAUCAGGACCUUACCAUGAUGCAGCCAAUUGUAAAAGACUGUAAAGAGGCUGACCUGUCUUUGUACAAUGAGUUCAGAUCUUGGAAGGAUGAGCCUACUAUGGACAGAACUUGUCCUUUCUUGGACAAAAUUUAUCGGGAAGAUAUUUUUCCAUGUUUAACCUUCUCAAAAAGUGAGUUGGCCUCAGCUGUUCUGGAAGCUGUUGAAAACAACACUCUGAGCAUUGAACCUGUUGGCUUGCAACCUGUUCGAUUUGUGAAAGCUUCUGCAGUUGAAUGUGGGGGACCAAAGAAAUGUGCUCUCAGUGGACAAAGUAAGUCAUGCAAGCAUAGAAUCAAAUUAGGAGAUUCAAGCAGCUAUUACUACAUUUCUCCUUUCUGUCGUUACAGGAUCACUUCUGUGUGUAACUUCUUUACGUAUAUUCGAUACAUCCAGCAAGGACUGUUGAAGCAGCAAGAUGUGGAUCAGAUGUUCUGGGAAGUUAUGCAGCUGAGAAGAGAGAUGUCACUAGCCAAACUCGGCUAUUAUAAGGAAGAGCUCUAAAUCUUUUUACUCUUGCGCAUGCAUGAACUUCAUUGAAUAUACAGAAUUAAAUUUGCUGAAUCUUUUUUUUGUCACUUGAUAUUUAUUUCCACAAAGUGGGUCCAAGAUUUUUCUCCUUUUGCAGAUUGCACUAAGAAGUACUGUGAUUGUUCUAAACUGACUUAUUCUGUAUAUGCGUACAUAUAAUACUUAGUUGAACAAAUGUGGUAAGCACUUGCGGGUGUAUUAGUGAUUGUAAUUUACAUUUAGAAACAAAACUUCUGAUUAAAGUGUAGUCUAAAGCAGUGUCUGUCUUCUGUUCUUUGAGAUGCAGGAUGAUGUGAACCUCCCUGAUAAGUUAUUCCAGAUUGUAAAACUGAGAUGAUUUUUAUGAAGAGGGAAUAAAUGCCUGACAUUCUCCUCAUUGUAGUGUUUAGGUACAUGUAUGUAUGUCUCUAUUCAUGCAUGCCAGUGCAGUUAACAGACAGCUAGGGGAACCUGGAAUUCUUUGAAGGGCUGCUUUCCUAUGGUUUUAAUUUUUAAAACAAUGUUAGAAGAGAAACAUAUAUACUGAAGAGUCACAAUAAAUCUGCGUGUCUUCUAUCUGAAGCAGGGUGCCUUUCAAACGUCAACGAACAAUUACUUUGGUCACUCCUUGGUUUAGAAAUCUGUCCUGAGAUCCCUGACUAUGAAAAACUUUCUUUUCCCCUCUAGUUUUCUUCCAUUAGACUUUUUUCAUUCCUUUAAAUGUCUUUUUUUCUUCUGUUUUUUUUUUGGGAUUUCCAGUUUCCACUGUUUUAUAAAUAAAAUUUCCCGCAACUGUCCUUGAAAUUGUAAAAUAUCUACUAUGUGAUUUCUUAACGAGCUGAUGAUAAUUUCUAGAUAAUGUUAGCAGUUUCUUCACACACACAAUUUGCUACAAAGAGAACCCAAUAAAGGAUCAUGACUUAUUAAGGAAGAUGCUUUUUCUGUCGCUCAAGUAAUUCUUUUUUCCCUCGGGCAUAGCCUAAGCCAAAAGCAGGCAGUUGGUUACUUACAAGGAACAUAGUUGUGGGUAUGCAGCAGACUUGCUAGGUAAAAGCCCUUAUGGAAAAACACUAGGUCUUGAUAAUGGUGGCCAUUUAUCAAUUACAGAUAAGAUUAGAGCAUUAGCAGGUAAACUGACAAACGUUAAAAGUAGAGGCAAGUUUUUAUAGGUGGUUCUGUAACAUGAAGAAUCUCAGUGGCUACAGAUAUCUUUUUUUUGAUGCAGAACAAAACCAACACAGUC